UAUCUGGAAAUUGUUUAGGGAGUAGACACGCCGUAUGAAUGCUAGCAGGGAGUCAAAGACUAAGAGGUGAACGUGGGUCAUAAUAUUAAUGCAAUAAUUUGACAAAUAAGAUACUUUAAAAUUUAACACCUUGAUUUGGAUUGGAAUCAAACGCAUAUAUCAUAAUCAUGGCAGCCACAAGCUCUCAGCUUUCCUCUUUCUCUGCAAUCCAUCGCAAAUUUCACCUUCAACAACGCUCUCUUUUAUACCCAAGUUUUCGUCCUCAAAAGUCAUGGGUUGUAAUGUGUGUCGAUAGGAGAGGAGAGAAUACUACAAGCUCUGAGAUUAAAACUACUCUAAGUAAUACAGCUGACGAAUCAAAACCAUAUGUUGAACGGACGGCUAAGUCAUAUCCAGAUGUAGAAGAAGAACAUGCUGCUCGGGUAAUGGGAGCCAAUGAGCAGGUACAUGACGAUGGAGUCUCGCAACAGAAAAAGGGAGCAAAAAUCCAUGAUUUCUGUUUUGGAAUUCCUUAUGGUAGUCUUGUUCUAGGUGGGGGCCUUAUUGGUCUUAUAUUCUCAAGAAAUCCUGCAACGUUUAGAAAUAUCAUAAUUGGAGGGGCUUUGCUAACUCUCAGCACUUUCAGCUUAAAGACCUGGAGACAAGGAAAAUCAAGUUUACCACACAUAAUAGGACAAGCAGUGCUCUCAGCAAUCCUCUUGUGGAAGAACUAUGAGACCUACUCAUUGACAAAGAAGCUAAUUCCAACUGCUUUUUAUGCUGCCAUCAGUGUUGCUAUGUUGUGUUUCUACUCGUAUGUGGUGCUUUCUGGAGGAAAUCCACCACCAAAGAAGCAGAAGUCACCUGCUGUUGCCCCGUCAUAAGGAGAAGCCUUAAAGACCAGAUCAUUUAGAAUCUUCUUGGGAAUUUUCGUUUAUUAGGUGAUCAUAAGUAAACAGUAAUUUAUACGAACUGCAGUUGGCUUUGAGUAAAGCUUCCAUAUCUUGUUCUAUGUUUAAGGAUG